UUUUAAUCUUUAUAUUUUUUACUACUAUAAUCUUUACUAGCAUAAAGAUUAUGGUAGACUCUGGCGUUGUUCGUGUAUCAAAGUUGGAGACCGAAAGCUUGAACGGUUACGUUUGCACUUUCAACGCUCUUCCUACGAAUUCUCCGUUUUUACCGUUACCGGAGAAAGAGAAUGAGUCAAGAAGCAAGCAACGAUGGACAAGCCGCCCCACAUGGGGAGCCUGAGCACGUGAGUGUGCACACGGAAGCGUCGAACUUCACACCCCAUCAAGUCCCAGAGCAGGUAGCCCCGGGCGCGGGCCCUGUUCCGGGAGUCGUUCCCAUCAAUCAGCCGCAGUUUGCGGCUAACUUCAUGAAUUUCCUCCAGCAGUGGGCUGGCGCAUAUGUUCCACCACCCCCACCACUGCCACCACCGGUGGUUGUGGUCACCAUCGAGAAGCUCUGGAAGAAUGGGGCUGAAGCGUUCUUAGGCGACCAGAUCGCCAAGCGAUGGUUUGAGCGAACCGCUCGAGUUUUGGGAAACCUUAGGGUUCCACACAAUCAGCGCGGCGACCUCGCAGUCGCAUUACUACAGGAUUCUGCCUACGACUGGUGGAAACGCGUGGGAGCAGACGUCCCUGAGCCCGUGCAGUGGGCCACCUUUGAUCGACUUUUACAUGAAGAGUACGUUCUAGAGCACUUCGUCGAGGCGAAGCGAGAGGAGUUCCCGAAGUUCACUCAGGGCAAACUCACACUACCCGAGUAUCGUCAGAAGUUUGACGAGCUCGCGGGGUUUGGGCAAGACCUCGUCCCGACCAUGGAGAAGCGAUGCAAGCGCUUCGUGGAGGGUCUACGCCCCGACUUAUCAGCUCAUUUGAUCACCGCCCCUCGGGUUGACAUCAACGUGUUGUUCAAAAAUGCGUUGGACAUGAACACAACCCUCAUCAAGAAGGACGAGUACGAGCAGGCCCAGGCGACGCAUCCUCGUCCACCUCCACCUAGCUCAAGCAGCAAGGGGUCUCCCUCCGUGCCAAGCAGCUCGCACACAAGCAAGAAGACAAAGUCAACACAUGCCCCGUCACCAGUGCCUACACAGGAGAGCGGGAAGAACCCGAGUCCGAGUGGAUACCAGUACUCAAUCUGCACCCAAUGCGGUCGAAGGCACCCCUGAGAGUGUUGGUUUACUUAGGGCUUAUGCCUAGGGUGUGGUCAAGCCAGGCAUUUCCGCAGGGAUUGCCCGACGAACCCUGGCGAGGCGUUUACGACAGCACCCGAAGCUCCAGCCCCAGCCGCCCAGCCCGCUCAGAGCCAAAGAUCGGUAGCAACGUGCACAAACGCAAAGCCCAAAAGGCCGACGCUGAGCGCUAAGUCUAGAGAGGCUCCAGCUCGCACAAACGCAAAGCGCGGAUGCACUGAGUAGUUCGCACAUGACGUAAUCAUGGCGAUCAAUGACUAGGCAAAUUUCGAGGACAAAAUUUUUCUUAAGGGGUGGAUAAUUGUAAUGCCCUACAACCCGAUCUAUUAGAAUUGAUUGUUUUAAAUAAUUAAUUACUGUUCCG